UUUGCAUACGGGUGCGAGAGCUAGCCAACUCCCAGGUGUCCCAUCAGUCUUAGCAGCCAUGGGUAUCGACUUGGAUCGCCACCAUGUGCGUAGCAGCCAUCGCAAGGCGCCGAAAAGCGAGAAUGUCUAUCUGCAAGUUUUGGUGAAGCUUUAUCGCUUCCUCGCCCGUCGCACGGACUCCAACUUCAACAAGGUCGUGCUGCGUCGUCUUUUCAUGUCGAGGAUUAACCGCCCACCUGUUUCUCUGUCGCGUAUCGCUUCCAACGUGACUGACGCGCACAAGGGCAAGACCAUCGUCGUUAUUGGCUCUGUCACUGACGACAACCGCCUGCUUAACGUCCCAAAGCUGUCUGUGGCUGCCCUGCGCUUUACUGCUACUGCCAGAGCCAGGAUCGAGAAGGCCGGUGGAGAGACCUUGACCCUGGAUCAACUUGCUCUCCGGGCUCCUACUGGAGCAAACACUCUGCUUCUCCGUGGACCCAAGAACGCUCGUGAGGCCGUCAAGCACUUCGGCUUUGGUCCCCACAGCCACAAGAAACCCUAUGUGCGAAGCAAGGGACGCAAGUUUGAGAGGGCCCGUGGAAGGAGAAGGUCGCGUGGCUUCAAGGUUUAAAGGAGCUUAUUACGAAAAAUAUCUUGUAUCAGGGUCGGAACUGUCGUAACCAUGGAAAUACUACAUGCGCAGAGCUUUGUGAUCAUGUGCAACCUUUUAGAAAUACGGCUAGCUUCCAAAGCUCUUUAGCUGAUACAGCAGCGACUCUUACGGAUAUGAAUGAAAUUUCAGGUAGAGGAGUUGGAGCUGAAUGAAAAUUGAAGUUUAUACCAACGAU